AUGUCCUUCCGCAAAAGAAAUGCAGUCAUUCGUGAUACAGCAGGUCGGACCUCAAGAAACAUCGACAAAAGCUUGUCUCCAGGAUUGCGCCCAUCUCCCUUGGAUGGCCGACUAACAACAUCCACAGGCACAGCAUCUCUAGAUCAACUUCUAACCGGCCAUUGGGGAAUGCCAUUAGGUAGCUCCUUGCUGAUUGAAGAGCCCGGAACCACCGAUUUUGGAGGUGCUGUACUACGCUAUUUCGCCGCGGAAGGACUGGUUCAAGGUCACGAAGUUCAUGUCUUAGGAUUCGGUAAUACUUGGCGACAAGAAUUGCCCGGGCUAUCGAAUCAGGAACAAGCCAAUUCGCAGGCUGAACAUCUACCACCAUCUAGAAUGAAAAUAGCUUGGAGAUAUGGGGCCUUGGGGAACCCGGAAACUAGACCAGCUGCUGAAAUAACCCCUCAGUUACCGGAAAUACUUAGAAGUCCUGGCUCAUUCUGUCACAAUUUUGAAAUGUCCAAGAGGCUAGAGUCCCGGGAUAUACGUGGCCGACUAGUUACAUACCCUUUGCACGGUAUCUCGAAUCACGAGUCUGCAUGUCAUUUCUCGAGCUUUAUCACGCAGCUCAGAGUUAAAUUAAAUGGUUCUCCCUCAACAGUGUAUCGAGUCAUAGUGCCUAGUAUUCUUUCGCCAUCCCUUUACGCACCUGAAGCAUGCAGACCACAGGAAGUCCUUCGGUUUUUACACGUUCUUCGAAGCAUGCUGCGACAGUACUCUACUCGGCUCACUGCGAUGGUGACAUUGCCAACAUCCCUCCACCCAAGAAAUACUGGCAUUUGCAAAUGGAUGGAACUCUUCUUUGAUGGUGUGAUUGAGCUUGUUCCUAUACCUAAGCCAAUGCAGCAUGUCGGAAACUCGGAUAGAGAAGACAAAUCCCAGGGUUUAGUGCGCAUUCAUGCGAUGCCCGUCUUUCACGACAAAGGUGGUGGUGUAGAAGGCUGUUGGACCGGAAUGGAUAUGGCUUUUCGACUGAGCCCUUCAAGCGGUUUGCAAAUAUUUCCGUUUAGCCUACCCCCUAUCGGCCUUCAUGAGUCGACUUCAUCAAAGGUCCCGUCGAAUACGUUAAAACUUGAAUUUUAA